AUGAGUGGGCACGGCUAUGACGCGCCCACCGCGGGCGAAGGGGGCUGGAGGGGAAGCAGUGCUGCAGGCAGUGAUGGUAGAGGGCCUUCCGGAGCUCUGCCUUACUUUCAAGAUAUCGUGGCUACGGCGCAAGAAACAGUCAACUCCUUCCGCGGUGCUUCGAUUAUUUUCCAAGUAGACAAGGCUCAGGCGGCUUUCAAUUCGGCCAAAAUGAUGCUACAGCAUAGCCGGCGACCAGACCGCGCCUUUCUUGAUUACUUGAUAGCCUUCACGGUACUUACAGAGGUCAUACCGUCCAAUCCUCGAUACAUAGAGUUUCAGAGCAGCAGGGGUCCAAGAUACAGGCAGCUACAGGAGUUGACGAAGGAAAUCCGACUGUACCAGGAGAGAUUCGAGAAAAUCAAGGACAUAAUACAGAAUGAUAAUAAGAGAAACGGAACACAGCCUAUUCGUCGCGCUCUCGCACGCCCUUCUUCAAGAGGCGUCGAUAACGUGUCGCGAAAUUACCGGCCUGUAACGCCAAACGGACAAAUGAAUAACUACGACAUGUCCAGCAUACGGCACUCGUUGCCAAGCGCCCCGACACCAGUCUCUCGCGAUGAUGAGUUGAUGCUCCCGCAGCGUCCAUCUCUCGAUGUGCCAACCGAUUAUACGAAUGGCCGCUCGUCACCGUCAGGCUCGUCCGAUUCUCAUAGAUCCAGGCCGCCUGUCCACCCUAAACCACAUAAUUUGCAUGGUAGAUCUUUGGGAAGUAAUGGAGUGCCACCAAGCAAUGGAUCGGUGGACCCCCUCAUGGAGCGUUUCAGUCGUUUAAGGCCUACGCCCCAGGCAAUCGAUACAGGCAAUUCGCCAAAAGCGGGAGCAUUCUCCGCUCAAAUGCCUUCUCCUACAGAAUAUACUUCAUCCAAUCGACCGUCAGGGCCGCGGGAUAUGCCUCCGCCGCCCUCGGUGCCUCCUCCCCAUCCACCAAAGUUACCCCUGAAUACUCAACUUGCAGCGUCGAUGCCGAAAGAACCAAGCCCUACAUAUAGUCCUGCUAGGAAUUUGUCAACUCCUGCGAACAUAAACCCUCCUCGGAGCACUGCUCGAAGCAUGAUUGGAUCUGGCGGUCGAAGCAACUCUCUAGCGUCUAGUGUGCCGGCAUAUCCUCCAAACACGAAUGGUGAUACCGACUCGUAUUUUCCAUCCGCGAAUAACUCGCAGACGACUGUACCGGUUCGACGGAAAUCGAUACAUGUGCCCCGAGAGCUUGACAUCAGCGCUGAAAAGCUGUAUGAUUACACGAGGAUGCAUAGUGUUUUACUAAUUGAUGUUCGAGACCGGGAGGAGUUUGAUGAAGGUCAUAUUUAUGUGAACAAUAUCAUGUGCGUGGAACCGACGGCUCUCGAAGAGGGGAAAUCUGCCGAACAAUUACAAGACCGCCUAGUUCUUUCUCCGGACGAAGAGCAGAAUAUGUUCGAACGACGCAACGAGUAUGACUUAGUGGUAUACUACGACGAAUCAACGGCGAGCACGGCAUUUCUAUCCCGACCUCCUCGAAAUGACCAAGAGGUAGCUCUGAAGCGGCUUUUCGAUACGCUUUACGAGUUCAAUUCGGAUAAGCCACUACAGAGACCUCCGAUUCUGCUUAUAGGAGGAAUACACGCCUGGACUGAUCUUCUAGGGAGUACGGCUCUAAAAACGUCAAACACAGCGGCUCUCGUAGCUUCUGGUCACACGAAGCCGUCGCGUGCGAUUAGAAGAGUGCCAAUGGCAAGAAAUGGCGCAAGACCAAAUAUCCAGCGGAGGCGUGAUUAUGCCCCUAUGGACCCAGAAGAAGAACGAAAGCUGCUGGAGGAAGCGCGAAGAGACAGACCCGCCCUCGAGAGGCAAUCUAUGGACAACAUCGGCGAGGAAGAAACAGAAUCACCGAUCUAUCGCACCACUGACGAUUUCCUACGUCGUUACCCUGAUCCGGCCGAAAUAGAGCAUCAGUCUAUGAUAUAUCCUCCCUCUCGGAAGCCGGUUCCAAACACCUAUACCACUCCCGCUAUUCCCUCGGUGCCUUCACGACCACCUCCAUCUGUACCUCGAGUAAGCUACAGUGGAGUUCACGAGCGACAAGUUGCCCCUCAGGGCCGGGUUACUCAGCUUCCAGCAUACGUGUCACCAAGCUACCAUCCACAAUACAGGCUUCCCAAGACGGGGCUCCACAAUUUCGGCGUAACAUGCUACAUGAAUUCAACAAUUCAGUGUCUGAACGCUACAAGCCCACUUACCCAGUUGUUCCUGAGCAACGGAUACUUAAAGUUGAUACAGCGGGAGAACUGGAAAGGAACGAGGGGAUUGAUGUCUGAAACCUUCGCGACACUUGUGCAGAACCUGUGGGGGAAAGAUCAUAGACCGAUUCGGCCAUCUUCUUUCAGGAAAAUCUGCGCACGAUUCAACUCGGAGUGGGGUAUCGACCGACAGCAAGACGCUAAAGAAUUCCUAGAAUUUGUUCUGGAUUCUUUUCACGAGGAUUUGAAUACCGUGUGGGCGAAACCUCCGCUCCAUCAGCUUACCCCAGCCGACGAGUUAGCUCGUGAGGCCCUUCCGAGGCCUUAUGCGGCCAAGAUUGAAUGGCGUCGUUAUACCCAUCGCGAGCAGUCGGUAGUUGGAGAUAUGUUUGCCGGUCAACACGCAUCACAACUCAGCUGCACAGUCUGUGGGACUACGAGCACGACAUAUGAGGCAUUCUGGAGUAUCAGUGUCGAGAUACCGAAAGAUCGACCCGCAGACUUAAGAGACUGCCUACGGUCCUAUUGUGCGCAGGAACGAUUAUCUGGCGACGAAGUUUGGAAGUGUCCGAGAUGCAAAGUGGACCGCGAAGCUACGAAAAAACUCACAAUCACGCGAGCCCCCGAGUUCUUGGUCAUCCAUUUCAAACGCUUUAGCGCAUCUCACACUGAAAGGGCACGUAAAGUUCGCACGCCCAUAGAAUUCCCGCUUCAUGGACUGGAUCUCGCGCCUUUCACGCUUCCACCCCUCAAGCCGGAGGAAGAGGACUACAUCAUCGCCCAUGCAAAUGCAGGCGCACACAAUCUUGCCGAGUUGAAAGCAGACUCCGCCAUGAACGGCCCUUAUGUUUACAACGCGUACGGAGUCAUCCGACAUAUGGGCAACACACUAAGCAGCGGGCAUUACACUGCACUAGUGAAAGACAAAGGCAAGGGCGUCUGGCGUGAGUUCAACGACGAAAAGGCCACGGAUUUUGACCCUACUCGUUCGUCCACCUCGAGCCGAUUGCAGAACGAGAACGCUUAUAUCGUUUUCUACGAGCGCGACAAGUCGCCUGGGGGGUUCUUUUGA